AUGUCGCUCUGUGGUCCCGUCCAGUCAUCAUUCGGUGCGGAGGCAGCAGCAAAGCCCGCCGCCGGUGACGCUAUCAUCGAUCAUCGAUCCGCCAUGAAAGGCUUCGCGAGACAUUUGGCAGACCGGCACUCCCCCAUUCCCCAACGCCGGGACGACCGACCGGAUGAGCGACUCCCUUUUCGACCGGGAGGUCGCGAAAUUCCGACAAUUGCUGACGACCGGCCGCUCGUCGAUCUUCCUCCAGCUGUUCGACUCUCGUCGCGCUCGGUGACGACCGCGCGCCAAGGAGGUCGAGAUCGCGCUGGCGCGCACGGAUGCCUUCUAUGCCGGCCAACCAGGCGCCCGACUACCAAAUCCCCAAGGCGAAUAUCGCCUCGUCCUCUCCGAUCAUCGGUACCGUGCGCCAGCCUUCUGCCUCCAUGUCGCGCGCUUCUGGCUGGGUGUGCUGGUGGCGGUCGUCCUGCUGAACGCCGCCUGGUGGUGAUCGCGCCGGGCCUGUCGCCGAACGGAUCGACGGAGCAUGCGCAACUGACCCCAGUGCGCCCGCGUGAUCGCCAUCGGCGACAGCUAUCGGGCCGAUACGCUCGCGUCGGAGCCGGCAAUCCGCAGCCGCGACGUUUCGGUCCGCCCCCACCCCCCUCCUCGACGUUCGCUCUACGUUCGACAUCUAUUAUACGCGGCACGGCGUCCGCACAGAACAUCCUGCCGCCGCUAUCGGCGCUCCGCGACAGGCGUGCCCGCAAAUGUCGCGUCGCAGCUCAAGCCACCACGUUGGUGACGUCAUCUAUAUCGGGCCGCUCGUCUGGGCAUUCUACUACCGGUUUUCGCAGGCGUCGGGAUCACCACUCAUGGCAAAUGAGCUGGUCGAUCGGACCACGGGCAGCGUGCGAUGAAACCGGCGGCUCGGGCAACAAGCGGCCGGCAUCAUUGGCUACAUCGCCGCCAUGCCGGGGCCUGCGGGCAAGCGUAUCUUCGCGCACUCGUCGUCGCCCGCCCCCCAACACCAUCGCCGCUGACGGCGAUCAGGGCCUCAACGGCGCGUCCCAUGCGGUGACGGGCGCGGUCAAACUGCCGAUCCGGCCGUUCGGCGCAUAG